AUGACGCUUCACACUCCAUACCAGCUGGUGGCGGUAACGCACCAGUUCCUGCUUUAUUACCGGCAGUAAACCUCAAAGAAGAAGCACCAUCAAGUAAACAUGGCACCGGCCAAAAAGCGCAACGUGAGUUCGGUAAAAACAGCAGAAAAGAGUGCAAAAAAAGCCAAAGUAGAUCUCAGCAAAACUGUCGAGCGUAUCCUCGAGAGCAGAAAGCAUGCCAACGAUGUUUUCGACAUUCUCGAGAGCCUUCAGGCAGAACAAGAGAAGGAGGUUAUCAGCGCAGUCGCUGCGUGCAGCGAGCUGUUCAGUGCGCUGCUGGAGAGGAAGGAGCUGUUCUUGGGAAAGCUCCCCGGAGAGGAGGACGCAUUGAGCGGGGGCUACAGCGCCGAGGACAAGUACCGGAUAUUUAUGCGACACCGGUACACCAGUUGUGUUGAGAUCCUGUUAGAGCACCUCAGCCAUGAGCAGUAUGACAUCAAGGAGAGUGCCAUGUGCUGCCUGAUGAAAUUUGCUGCCGGAGAAGGACGGCAUCCUCUUGAGGACUUGGACUGGAGUGAACAUUACAGCUUCCCAAGGGAACUGAUCCAGGCACUGGUGGACAACCUUCUGUCUAAAGCUACAGACAAUUCCCUGCUGAUCUCCAGGUUCCAGGAGUUUCUCGAGAUGGAGGAUGUGCGCUAUUAUGUAAUGAGCUCCAUCCGGGACAACGUCGGCAAAGUCAUGGACAAAAGCAAAGGGGCUGUGGUGCCUGUAUAUCAGAACAAUGUGUUCACACUCAUGUCCAGCAUCAGCAUGCCAAACCAGGAGUCAGAGCUGACCAAUUUUAUGGUCAAACAGGAAGCCAAGCAUGAGGACUGGAAAGCUGCCAAGCUGCAUGAACAUAAGCGUGUCUUUGAGAGGAUGUGGCUUGGCUUUCUGAAGUAUAAGUUGCCAAACAGCAUGUAUAAAAAGGUCCUGGUGAUACUACAUGACUCCAUUCUGCCGUAUAUGAGCAAACCCACGCUCAUGAUCGACUUCUUGACUGCUGCCUAUGAAAUUGGUGGGGCAAUCAGCCUGCUAGCACUCAAUGGCCUUUUUGUCCUCAUACAUCAACACAACCUAGAUUAUCCUGAUUUCUACAAGAAGUUGUAUAAUCUACUUGAGCCUUCUGUUUUUCAUGUGAAGUACAGAGCACGCUUUUUCCAUUUAGCCAAUGUCUUCCUUAGCUCCAGUCACUUGCCAGUUUACUUAGUGGCUGCAUUUGCCAAACGUCUGGCUCGCCUGGCUCUCACGGCACCGCCUACAGCCCUUCUCAUAGUGCUGCCCUUCAUCUACAACCUGAUCCGUCGCCACCCGUCCUGCAGAGUCCUCAUUCACAAGCCCAGCGCAGAAGAUGAACCUUUUGAGGAUCCUUAUCUGACGGAUGAAGAGGAUCCUGCUCAGUGCCGUGCCUUAGAAAGCAGCUUGUGGGAAAUUAAGUCGCUGCAAAAGCAUUACCAUCCAGAUGUGGCUAAAGCUGCACUGCUGAUCAACACACCUUUGUCAGAACAGGAGGAUGACAUCAGUGAGACACUAGAGGUCACAACGUAUGAGCUGAUGGAAAAAGACCUGAAGCAACCCGAGAUCAAGAGCGUCCCACUGGAAUUUGAAACUGCCACACGGUUACUAAAAGGAGGGGGAGACGUGUUAGGACAGCACUUCUGUCUGGCAUAAAAUGAGUCAAAACAACAGACCACAUUUGCCUUGUUGGAACCUUUUUACACUCGUUCAUCUUUUAUCUCAAGUGCUUUUCAGAAAGCGUUGCCCAAAUCUUCUCCAUGAAAAUUAGAUGCUUUUUUGCUUUUUUAAAUUCUAUAUUACUGUCCUCGAUGUGUGACUGUUGUAUGCCAAUAAAAACAUUUUCUAGAACUGA